GUAUCCUCUCUCACCCGUUGUUAUAAAUACCGAACGGGGAGAGAGGCGGAGGCCUCGUCUUCGUAGAUCCCGCGCGAUAGAGGAAUCGAAAGCAUUCGGAAGAACGAUUUCAUUCGCUAACGGUGAUGAAGGGAGACAAUGACAUGGAGUUCAUGGCGGCAGAGGUGACAGCGGAGAAGAAAUCCAGGUUUCGGAGGAUAUGCGUGUUCUGCGGGAGUCAGUGCGGGAAGAAGACUAGCUACCAGGAGGCCGCCAUCGAGCUCGGCAAGGAACUGGUGAACAGUGGAAUCGAUCUGGUGUACGGAGGAGGGAGCAUUGGGUUGAUGGGCCUCGUUUCUCACGCAGUUCAUGAUGGGGGGCGCCAUGUCUUGGGGGUUAUUCCGAAAUCCUUGAUGCAGAAGGAGCUUACUGGUGGAACAGUUGGAGAAGUUAGAGCUGUAUCAGACAUGCAUGAAAGGAAAGCUGAGAUGGCUCGCCAGGCAGAUGCCUUCAUUGCUUUGCCCGGUGGAUAUGGGACACUCGAGGAACUACUUGAGGUCAUUACAUGGGCUCAGCUUGGAAUCCACAAGAAGCCGGUUGGACUGCUGAAUGUUGAUGGCUUUUACAAUUCAUUGUUAUCAUUCAUUGAUAUGGCUGUCGAGGAAGGGUUCAUAUCACAAGCUGCUCGCCACAUCAUUAUAUCUGCCCAUUCAGCCAAGGAGCUGAUGAGGAAACUUGAGGAAUACGUACCUGAGUACGAAUCGACGGUGGUAUGGGAUACCGAACAGAAGGCACUGAGCUUUGUGCCGGAACUGGAGUCCAGUAUUGCAUCCUAAUCUCCCUGCGGCGCCGGCCGCUUGGCUUUCCUCCCUUGGUCACUAACCAUACUCUUCAAAGACAAGUUUAGAACAGAGUUCAACAACGUCAGAGUAAAUAGCGUCCUCAACAUUUCGUUCUCAAGUUAAAUGACAGUCUCUCUGUAGUCUUUGUAUUUAAAUGGCACGAUUCACGCGUACAGAAUGAAUUCAUAGAUUAUAUAUUCCUCUCGAGUGUCUUGAUUUUGCUAUGUCAAACUAAGUGAAGAUAAAUUGAUCCGAUGAACCUUAAGAUCGACAAGAAAUCGAUGUUAAACCUCUUCACAGUGAUGCAUUUGUUGUCACGAUUGCUCAAUGUUCAUGUCUUUAUUGUGGAUUGAUUCCUGUCCUCUUUAGAUUUUGUGGUGUUGAUCCCAGAUGGCAUUGCCAAAGCCAACCUAAUCCCUUCCUCUCUUCCUCUCUGUCAUGUGAUAGUACCGUGAACUCUGAAUUAUCAUGA